CAACUGAAUAAGGAUGCUCGGGAUUUACAUGACCUAUUUCGCUCUGCUCAUCCACUGGCACAGCAGCCUGUUUGAAUUUAAAAAGCCCCCUCUCCACAAGAAGAGUGUUUUGUUUUAAUACCCACUUUGUGCUCUUUUGUCCAUCAUCUUCAAAAUGCCAGAAAACACUGAUCUCAGUGACGAUGAGAUUUCACUCACAUCCACUGUGCCAAGCGAGCCUCAGGAUGAAUAUGAAGUGGAGUGUAUCUUGGCCCAAAGGGUCUACCAUGGAAAAGAAAUGUACCUUGUCAAAUGGGCAGGCUAUCCCAUGGAAAGGUCCACUUGGGAAACUGAGGAUAUGUUUCUCAAUCCUCAAACUCUUGAAGAUUGGGCUGUAAAGCAAGAGGCUAUCAGGCGUGGCGAGGACUCGGCAUUUGACGUCGAAGCAUUGGAACAAAAAUGGCUCCUACUUGAAGCCGCUACAGCAAAAAGAAAAGCAAGGCGGAGAGAAAAACGGAAGCGACUUGGGUAUUCGGGCAGACGCCCACCUGCGAGCAGUGACCCUGGCCAUUCAGAUAUCUCCGACUUUGUAGUCCCCGAUGAUCUGGUCGAACAUGAACAAAAUAGUACCUCUGAGGACGAACCACUCAUGAAGAAGAAACGCAAGGCAAGUCCGACCAAAGAAAAGAAGAAAUUUAAAACACCUGCUCCGCCUACGCGCUCGGACUCUGCAGGGCAACGAUCGUCCUUUCACAACCUGGUGAAUCUGCCGUCAGUCACUGAGCCCAUAAUACCGACCAGACCAUCCCAUCCAACUCCCUCGUUGCCCCACCAUACGAAUAGAAGUAGUCAGGACUUCUCCUCGUCGUCAUCCAAUCGCCAGGACAGGCCCCGACAGCCUAAAUUGAGCGUAAAUACUUCCUCCACGGCUCCUGCCUUGCCUCCCAGAACGGACCACAUUUCACAUCUUUUUGGAGGCCAAAAAGUGAGGAAAUCCAUCCUAGACAGAAUUUCUUCGAAACGAAAGGGUGAAUUGUUUAGUAAACUUUCCACGCAGAGAAGAUGGGAAAAAGCACUCCGGCGCGAAAGGGCUCCAGACGUAUCACAGCUGGAGCUUCGAAGACCUCAGGAUUGGCUGCAUUCGCCGAAAAUGUCGAAUCCUCAAGAAUCGCCUAUUUCGAGGGAUCAUGGAACAUCUUACAGUCUGUUCGUGGAUCAAGAAGACGCCGACCUGUUGCCUACGAAUUCUCGAACUAAUCCGCAGAACCCACAAGAGCAUUUCGAUGAUCACCAAACCCGACAGACCUCAUCAGACCAGCGUCCUUUGUGGCCAAAUUCCACCAUCUCUCCUCAUGAUAAGGAGAAAACCCAGGAGUUCACACCCCGCCUUAGUCAUCGCGCAUCCACGCGUCGCUUUUGGAAUCCCGGUGAAGUUCUUGUGAAACUAAAGUUUGGAGCUGUGGACAAGGUGAUUGGUGACGUGCGAAUUUGUGGAUUGAAUCCGACAAGUAAAGGUCAACUUCUCAAUUUGAAGUCAGGCACCAUCGACAUUAAUUUUAAUGAUGUCUGCACCAGCAAAGAGUAUGAGAUGUUGUGUGAUCGUAGAACAAAUGUAAAAUAUGCAAACGCUUGGGUUGUUGGUUAUGAAGAUACGGCCAAAGAGGUGACAGCAAUGGCUAAUUACCUACGCCAAAAUGAUUUAGCAGCCAUCUGGCACCAUCCAGCUGAGCACGUUCAAACAGCAUUCAUCGCUUACGCAUCCAGCUCUACAAGUUGGAAUUUUUUCGAUCGAGAUAUGGAAUUUCCCCCCAAUUCAAGUCUCAGAAUCGUUGCCAGAAGCUAUCUUCCUACCGUCAGCACGGUUCGUCGUCAAUUAACAAGCCCAUCCGUAGCGGAGCCCCAAAUGCCCCCUUCUCAAAGCACGGCGACGACUGCCCCUCAGAAUCCGAUCGUGAUUGAUGAUCCUGUUUCUACAACCUCGAAGAGCGUGGCAGUUCUAGCCUCUAUUCCAAAAGACUUGGGCAAUAAGGACAUUGUGUCUAUCUUCCGUGAGCGGUGGAGCAUAACUUUCGAAGAACUAAGCCUCGUCAACGCCCCAAAAAAAGAUGGCUCGGCUCGCGCAUUCUAUCUUUAUUUUCCACCAGAGGCAGAGGAAGAGUUCCAGCUUGUCCUAAAGUUUUUAAGAAAGUAUACAAAUGCUAUCUUCUCAAAUAGGCUCAAGGGAGAUUGGGAACGUUUUGCUGAAACAGUAACUUCUGGAACUGUCCUGUUCCACCAAUCCUAUAUCUGGUAUGAGUUCAUGCCUGGCCUCCAUAAGCUCUUACGCAGAUAUGUCAAUGUUUUCAACAUUAGCCUUGCCAGUCCAGUAAAGCACAUUGGAUCCACCACCCAUCUACAACGACUGUUCCCCCACGGAAGUGUGAUUCUCAUGACAGAGGACUACAUGAUUCAUGAGACCGAAGCUGCUUUAAAUGCUAUGAAAUGGUUCCGCUCACAUUCUGAGAAGAAGUACCCUGGGACUUGGAAGAUGUUCUUCCGACCCAACAUACUAGGAUGGCUGUCGAACAUUUUUGAUAAAUGGCCCGAUGAUAAGAUGUAUCAAAUAUAUUGCAUCAUCGAGUACAUGAUUCCCGAAUAUCCAGAAGGCCAUUACAAUUGGUACAAUGGCGACGGCAGUCCAGACUCCCUCGAUGGAGAAACCGAUGACGAGGGCCAGCAUCAUCCGUUUAUUUCGCCCAGUUUCAUUCCAGACUACGGUUCUCGCAAAGAAGAUGCGCAUGAAAAUAUUCCAAAGGGAUUGAGUCAAGAAGAACGCAAUAUGGACCAUUUAGUCGAAUACUUCGCAGGCUGGGCGAUAUGCAACUGCGAUAAAUACAGGAGGUUCAUCGUCCUGUCGCACCACAAGCCAUUGGCAAAGUGGAAAAAGUGGCAACAUCUUGAACACAUAGACACUCAAGGAUUUUCCCGUCAAUAUAUCAACAAUGAGAGCAAAAAACAGUCAUCUAAGACUGACCAUUCCUCACGUUAGUAAAACUGCCUCUCCCAUCCUCUGCUUUGUAACAACAUGCCAAAUCUAUUGCUGGCUUAAAGUGCUUCUUGUGGUUCACUCUCGCGCUAUAGGGAGCUUCUAUGAAUCUGUUUUUGGUUCAGUAUUGUAUUCUAGUUGUCGCUCGAUGGGUUUUUGGAGCUAUACGAUUGAGUGUAUUUUGAUGCAACUUCCCCUGACAGCAUACCUUUGUGGUUCACCUAGGUCUAAAUAUUAUUACAUUUCCCAUAAACUGAACCAAACAGGCAACAUAGCAUGCCAUGCUGUCAAAGUGCACUAUUCACAGAACUACGAAUGGCUAAGUUCUUAUGCCUGCUAUACAGAAGAAAUAUAUGGCUGCUCGCAGAAAAGAAAAUAAAAAUAUUAGCGCCUGAUGCA